AUACUUCACUCUGUUGUUUGUUUUGUUCUCGUCUCUAUCUAAGAGCUUUUGAAGGUUUAAGGUGCAGGAGACAGUAGACGUAGUUUGACGUAGUUAUCUCACGUAGCGUGGUAUAUAAAGAUUUGUGGAUUUGGUUUUAUCGAACUCUGCACAUUUGAGGAUUAAUAAAAGAAGAAGAGAAAGAGAUUUGUGAUAAUUUUGGUUCGCAUCUAUCGUCUUGUUCACAGAUUUUACCGAUAAAUAACAUGGAAUCAGGAUAUAUAAUAAAGGAUAAUGCAAGGAUCACUGCGAAAGAUGUACCAAAUUCAGAUUCAUCAUCAGAAUGCAUAUGUUUUAGACCACAUUCCAACAUCAUAUGCAAUGGUUGUGGAUUUUGGACUAGAGGAAGAGUAAGAUACUGUUGUCCUCAACAUCCUAAGAUCGUUUUUCUACAUGAUCAUGCUCAAUGUCCACGCUGUAGAAGCUAUGACUUCAUGCUUAAGGAAAUCUAAAGCAAUUAUUUUUGUCAGAUGAGUUGAAGUUAGAAAUUAGACAAGUUAAACAUAUAUAUAUAUAUGUAUGUAUAUAUAUA